UGCGCCCAUGGUACCACAUGCGAUUGAUUGAGUUUUGGAGAGUUUGACAAAUAAUCAACGCAAAAUGGGGAAAUCUUCGUACCAUAGAUCUGAGAAUACGUUCAGAUUCCAAACAUUUUCUGAACGGAUUUCUGAUAUCAAUAUUGAUGUAAUCCAUAAGAUAAGACAUCAUGAUGAUACACCGGGGGAACACUCUACCUACUUUGGGGAAGCAUUGGAGAAAUGGCUCGAGCUCAACCAGACAGCUCACUUCAUUGAAUUCAGAAAGGAGAUCAGUGAGCAGGUCCAGUCUUUCACUCAGCUGGUCCAUAACGAGGCACAGAUUGUGGCAGCGCUCAAGAAACACCUCAUGAUCCCAAAGACGCUGGCCUACGAACCAAUGCUGGAUUUACUGGUACAGCUGGCACGUGACUUUCAGCAUGACUUCUACAAACACUUCCCAGACUUCUUCACCCUGCUGGUUGAGUUGCUGAACCGAAACACACAGGACACGGACCUGAUGGAGAAGUUGUUUUCCGCCCUAUCCUAUAUCUUCAAGUUCCUGUGGCGCUAUCUCCUCAAGGACAUGGAGACUGUCUAUGGGUUUUACUCGAGCCUGCUUAGUGAAGAAAACAAACAGUAUAUCCGACAGUUUGCAGCAGAAAGCUUCGCGUUCCUGAUGAGAAAGGUCAAGGAUCAUGGGAAACUGUUUGAUUUUCUGUUUAAAUCCCUGUCACAAUCUCCAGAAAAAGCUGAUGGGUUGGGGCGACUGAUGUUUGAGAUGUUGAAAGGUGUAAAACGACAACUUCACAGCUGUACCAUCAAGAUUUUCCCAAUACUGCUGUCCAAACUUGGCCACUGCCAACAGGAGAAAAAAGUGAAACCAUUACCCUGGCAACUUGUGGAGGAAUGCAUGGCCCAGUGUUUCCGCUCAAUGGCAGAAAACAUUGAUAAAGCCAAUUUUGAGGAUGCAUGGACAAUCUUUCUGACAUCCGUAACCUCUGUGCACCAGUCCUGGUUAGACCCCCAGUGUCCAGACAAGGCCAAGGCGGCCAAACAUGUAGCUCGCUUACUCCGUCUCGCACAGAUCUGGCUGAAUCAUUGGAAGGGAGCCAUCAUCAGAUGUCACGACCCCAUUGCCACGACUUUAUUGCCAAUGCUGAAGGGAGCCUGCCUGCCAGUCUCUGUCGGCGAGGAGCUUGUUUCCACGGUAGCAGCCUUCCUCCUACACGGUCAUUCUCAGACUGCUAUAGCCAACACUGCCAAACUGGUGUCUGCUGUGUUCAAGACCUCAUACCCUAUGGAGAUGCUGUUUAAAUUUGCCACAGUCAUGCUUAAAAGCAAAUUGCCAAUAUUUGAAAAGGAUGUGUUGAUGUCUCUGAAUGGUUACUGCCUGAAGAUCGUGGAGAGCGGGAAGGAGGAAGGGAGAGAGCAAGUCCUCAGUCUGUACACGCAGAUCCUCCUCCACAAGACCACACUCCCUAGCAAAGAAGAGGACCUUAAAAACCUCCAUGUAUAUCCUCUAGACUUUGGACUCUCAGGAAGGUCAAAGUUCAUGGAGUUCCUGACUAGUACUAUUGAUGGUGCUGGUAUAAAGACUUGGACGAUGAAGGAACAUCGGAGCCUUGUUUGGUCAGCAGUUUUGUGCCUGCCCCAUGUCUGGCCUGUGGACAAUACCAGAGAUACCAGGAUCAACAGCCUGACUAAAUUGAUGGGGAAGGUCGUGACUCAGAUAAAGAAAACCUUGGAUGAAACAUCUACAGAUCAGUUACUGUUCCUGUACUACAGUAUUAUAGUGUCCUUGACCUAUUUACAUGGGGACGACGACCUCUGUGACAAGAUUCCUGUAUCACAGAUAACAGAGUUACUCAAGUCUCACUCCACCAAUAUCCAUAUGCUGACUUCUGCCAACCUGUACCUGAUGAAGGCCUCGGCGGACACACAUGCCACGGUCCUCGAGGAGGAUGUUCUCCUGGACGUGUUUCCAUGCCUACAGGACAACCUCACGUCAUGGAACGCACAUAUACGUACCAUCAGUCUACGUAUCCUGACCCAUUUUACUGUGCGUUUGCCAUUUGUGGAAGGAUUUGAAGCAGACCGUGACAAUGUGUUCGAGACAUGUCUGAAGGCAGAGUUAGUUCCCCUGACUGUUCAGGACUACAGACAGCGCCAGCUUUUUCUACAAAGGCUGGACUUCAGUUGUGUGCAGAACUCAGUUCCUGCUGGACCUUUCAGAGAGGUUGCAGUGAGGUAUUUGAUAGGAUCAAUUUUUGUAAACUUCAAGUUACUAUGGGAACCAACCAGAAAACUGAUAGCUAGUCACGCUAAGGGACUGGGAAACAAAGGAUUCUGGGAACUAUUUAAUUCCGAGCUGAUGAGAGCUGCUGCCAAAACAGAAGAAUUAUUGACAGGUAUUGAGAAACCAUAUCUCCAUGGAAACAAUGCUCUCAUCAGUAUGUCCGACUUUGAUGUGUCAGAGGUCAUACCAAGUCACAUGACUACCGAAAGAGUAGACUAUUACAACUUUCGGGACCAGUUGUGGAAAGCCAUGAUUUUGUUCUCGGACCAGUGUGAGGCCAAGUCACGUGACCUUUCACCUCUACUGCUCCGAUUUAUCAGAAAUGAGUAUUACCCAUCUGACAUGAGCAUGGCUCCGAAACAAAACAUCUGCAGACGAAUAAGGGGUGGGAAACCUGAUCAGGAAGAGGCAGAAGGUGAAGGUCAAGACAUUGAAGAACAAGAAGAGGGUGGAAAACAGAACAGCCAGGAACAUGAAGAGGAGAUGGACAUACCAGAGAAACCAAGUUCACCAUUGAUAAGGGUCACCAGGAGUAGGGCAAAAGGCUUAGGUCAGGAGAGGUCAAGGUCAGAGUCAUCUGAACAGUCUGAGGACCACCAGACCAAAGGAGACAAUGACAAAACUACACUAGAGAAAAAGGGAAAUGACAGAUUACAGGAAACUGAAGAUGACGCUACUGUCGAUGACAGUGUAGAGGAGAGUGAAGUACAGGUAUCUAAAAGACAGAGGAGAGCAGCAACAAGCACUUUGGUCAUACAUCUAGAACUGUUUGCCAAAUUCAAAAACCCGAAGUCCCUGUACCUAGAGCCAGAUAUAAAUACUCUUUAUAUGGAGCUGCUGGUACACAAAGAUCCUGUCGUACAGAAGACUACGUUUGACUGUAUUAUGGCCUACAAACACAACUACUUAACACAAUACAGAGAGAACUUCAACAGGCUGUUGGAUGAUACGACAUUCAAGUCAGAGUUAGUAUUGUUCAGUAUUGACCAUGAUGGAGGACAGAUUAAUAUUGAAUACAGGAGUCAACUGAUGCCCAUCUUAAUGAGAAUACUGUAUGGAAAGAUGCUUACCAAGACAGGCAAGGAGACAGCAGGUCGUAGUCAUAGUAACCUGCGUCAGUCCAUCGUACUGCGCUUCCUUAAUGGCUGUAGUAUGGGGGAGGUCGUGAACUUUCUGGACAUGGUGUUCAUGCCCUUCAAACACUUUAUUACAGAUGAUCCUCAGCAGAUGGCGCUAGAGGUGAUGAGGACGACUGACCCCUCGGAGGUCAUUCCCUUACGGAAGAUUACUGGAACACUAUAUUCUAUCAACACAUUCUAUAAGAAGCUAGGCCACCUGUUGGAUGACUACCUUCCCUCUUUGAUAAAGAUCCUGGUGGGACUGAUGGCUACUUGUGUAGCCUGUCUGGAGCACAGAGACAACAUCACACCGUUCUCUCUCAGCAUGCUGAAAACCCUGCGACAAAUGGCCACCACCAGGUUUAUAGAGCUAUUUGAGAACUACGACGGCUACAAGCCUUCCCCGGUUGAGAUCGAUGCUGUGUUCACUGUGAUUGUUUGGCCUCAGCUGGAGAAACUGCCCUUUGAGGGCGUGUACCACCCCACCACCUUACUGAAAAUACUGGCCACAUGGUCAAGAUCUCCGAGGUAUAUUAUGUACCUGUCAAAGCAUCACCAUGAUGACAAGGAGAUCACCCCACUCCCGUUUGUGUUUAAACUUCUCAAUGCCACAAAUGUGAGGAGUACUGUAUCCAGCCUCAUUCUGGAAAUCGUGGACAACCUCCUGAAUCCCAAAAAGACUGAGGAUGAUGCAGAAGAGCUCCGCCCACUUCCUGUCCACUGUGGAUCAGCUCUAGACUAUACUCACAUGACAAUCCAGGAGAUAGGUAUAAAUCUGAUGUCCCCACAUAUCCCGGCCGUGCUCACCUUCCUCCAGACUGCCAUUGCUAGCCGGGAGACCAAGGUCUACAUCAAGAAGGGCUCCUCCAGGGAGCUGAGAAUUCUGUCAAGCAUCAGCUGUUUUGUAUCAGACAUGGCCCAGUGUCCUGUCCUCAUCUCUCUCUUGUUGCCAUACCUGGACAAGGUCAUUGCAAGGUCAAAGGAGGCUGAAGAAGACAUCUUGACCAGUAUCAGUAACUUAAUGGCUAUCAUCACCAACAAGUCCCAGUUCUUCAGACGAGUCUCGGUGCUGUUUUCUAACAUCUUGUAUCGCAAGUCCCGGGAUCUCCUGUGUUCUAUACUAAAGAUGAUAUUGACCGAAGAAAGUGACCAAUCGUCACUUGCCGAGCUCAUACUGGAGCUAAAUGCUUGGGAUCCUAAACGUACAGAAGAUCCGGACUACACGAAGAGAUUGUCGGCCUUCAGAAAUGCCAAUGAAAUGAUCAAGGCGAUGAAGACAAUAGAAGCAGAUGUCUUAUUACCCAUAAUGCACAAUGCCUGCUACUUCAUCAAUAUGAUAGAUGACUUGUCUAUACGAGACAAUGCCACCAACACACUGGUUACCAUGGUGACACAGUUCGGCCUGGCUACCUAUGACAAUGAUACAUUCAGGGAUUUGAUUACUCAGGGUAUCCUGGUGGAAAUAAAGGCUGGCUUCAGGAAUAAGAAUGAGAAUGUUAGACAUGAGUACAUCGCCUUGCUGUCUGUCGUGGUGGACACAUUUCCUGAUCAGCCCAACUUAGCGGACCUCCGUGGACUGAAGGAUAAAGACUUGGAAGCAGACUUCUUUGAAAACAUACGUCACAUACAAACUCACAAGCGGUCUCGAGCGCUGCGGAGGCUGAUCAAGUACAUGUCUGGUCACCGUGCCUGUAAGGAAGCCAUCAUGUCCUAUUUCCUGCCCCUGGCUUCAGCGUUCCUACAGAUUGAUAGCUACACUAAGGCACAGGCUCUUCAGGAGGCUGCCAUAGACACCAUCGGGGCUGUCUGUUUACAGUUACCAUGGCAACAGUAUCUCCACCAGCUAAAGUUUUAUCUGGGUCGCCUACAGAAGGACCUGGACAAGCAGAAGGGACUCAUCAGAGUCAUAGUAGCCAUCUUGGAUUCCUUCCAUUUCGAUGUGAGUGCGUCACAGUUGAACCUUACCCACCUUCCAGCCGCAAUCGCCAAAAAAAAAGCUAUAGGGCUGCCUACAGAAGAGAAUGAAGAACUAAAACCUGAACCAGAUUCAAAUGCCAAUGAUGAGGAAAAGACAACAGAUGACAUGGACGUCAAAGAGGUUCUGGAAAGUGACGAGGUCAUGGAAACAAAACAGGAUAUGGUCCUGUCAUCGUCAGGGAAACUGAUGUGUCCACCAGGUCUGGCCACCAAGAUUCACACCACAAUUGUAAAAGGCCUGCUGCCUCAGCUACAGAAGUGUCUCACACAGAGGGUUCGAAGUGAAGAGGAACACAAACUGGCAAGAAACAGUUAUGCUGAUGACACAGAAAUCCUGAGGGUUCCCCUCGCCUUGGCAAUGGUUAAGUUACUACAGACCCUCCCCAAGGGCUCACUGGAGCGGAGUCUCCCAGGUAUUCUCAUCAAGGUCUGUAACUUCCUAAAGUCACGUGCUAAGGACAUUCGGGACACAGCGAGAGACACACUGACAAAAAUACUCACGUCCCUAGGGUCACGCUUCCUGCCAUACGCCCUGUCAGAGAUGCGAGGUAUCCUGACACGUGGCUAUCAGCUCCAUGUGUUGACUUUCACUGUGUAUGUCCUGCUAAGGAACAUGAUGCCCUUGACAAAGACAGGUGACCUUGACAUCUGUUGUCGCAGUCUACAGGAGGUAUUUCACAAAGAACUGUUUGGAGAAGUGGCGGAGGAGAAGGAUGUAGAAGGCAUCAGAGUUAAACUGUUUGAGGCUCGCAAAGUGAAGAGCUAUGAUUCCUAUCAGAUUCUGGCUAAACUCUUGGGCACCAAGUCACUUAUACCUUUCAUCACACCCAUCAAGACUAUACUGGACACAACACGCAGCCAUAAGUUGGCACGCAAGGUUCAGGAGGUCCUUAAGAAGGUAGUCAAUGGACUGAUGGAGAAUGAGGGUUUGACCACAGAGGCACUGACUGUCUUCUGUCACGGACUUGUGUCUGAGGCCUUCCCACAGCUGUCUACCAAACAGAGUGAGAGCAGUACACAGAAUGCCCCGACACCCACAGAUGGGAGAAGGAAGCCUGAGAGCUGUCUCCUCCUACCAACUACUCCUAUUCGAGGUGGAGGCAAACCGAAAAGCAGCAAGCGUACCAAUGCUCACAUCCUUGUUGAGUUUGGAGUCCAGCUGCUGCACCUGUCAUUAAAGAAAGGACGACUUGUUGCCACUAAGCAAGAAGACCUACGGAUGCUUGACCCAUUUGUGUCCAUAAUGUCCGACUGUCUGCAGUCACAACAUAUCAAGGUGAAUACCGUCAGUCUGCGAUGCCUGUGCUGGAUCCUGAGGUUCCCUCUGCCAGCCAUUAAAAAACACAUCCGUCCUAUCGCUAACGGUAUCAUAGUAUUGCUUAAGAAUUACGCAUCAGCAGGUUCGGCAACUGGAGAUAAUCUGGACCUCAUCACCAUGGCAUUUAAGGCAGUGACUGUACUGGUGAGGGAUGUGAAGUGUUACGAGAUCAACUCAGAACAGCUCCAGGUGCUAUUAGGAUUCUGUGAGGAGGAUUUACAUGACUACCAUAGACAGAGCACUGCCUUCUCACUCCUCAGGGCCAUACUGUCACGGAAACUCAACGUACCAGAGAUGCAGGAAUUGAUGAUAAAGGUCCAGACCAUGUCAAUCACAGCUGACUCCCCCCAUACCAGGAGGGAGUGCCGUCAGCUGAGUCUACAGUACAUGAUGGACUACCCUUUAGGCAAAAAACUAGUCAAACACCUCGAGUUCUUCAUCACCCAACUGUCUUAUGAGACGGAACCUGGGAGAGAGUCUGCCCUGGAAAUGAUGGCUUCCAUCUUCUCCAGCUUUCCUCAGACGCUACUGAUGAGACAUGCAGGUUUCUUCUUUGUGCCGUUGUCGGUUGCCAUGGUGAAUGAUGAAUCUUUAAAAUGUCGCAAGCUGACUGGUUUGGCUAUAAAGUUAUUACUAGAAAAGUUGGACCAUAACAAACGGAAUGAGCUGUUUUUGAUUGCCUUGAAAUGGUUUCAGGAUCAAAAGUCGCAGCAUCAGUCCCUAGGUGCCCAGUUAUGUGGCCUCUUUGUGGAAGUGGAAGCCGCUCAAUUCGAGCGCCACCUGGCGGAAGUUUUCCCAGUCGUGAAGUUUCAUCUGCAGCCCAGUCGUUAUGAGAAGGUACAAGAUGAAUCCAUGGAACAAAAUGAAGAUCAUCUCCUGUUCAACAUCCUCAACCUUCUUCUCAAGGUGUUGAGGGAGUGUAAUGUGGUCAGGACACCAAAAUGGCACAAGCAGAUGAACACGAUCUGGGAAUAUACCCAGAAGCACUUGACACAUCCACACAACUGGGUAAGACUGGCAGGAGCCCAGAUGUUCGGUCUUCUAUUUGCUUCCUGGCAACCGGAGGAAAUCGUAGAAGAGGUUGAUGAGGCUGUCGAUUACUUAAGGGAUGACAUGAAGGACAAGAUGGAGUUGUUAGCAGUGACGUUCGUACAACAACUACAGUCAAAGUUUUUGUCAGACGAGAUGGCCGACCAAGUUAUCAAAAACCUGAUCUUUAUCAGUAAAGUGGCGAAGUUGGUGACCCUUCAGUCUGAGGAGGCCUCGGAACCUGAGGGGACGGAGUCCCAGGGGAAGAGACUCUCCCUGCCCUGGUUAGUGAGGAAGAUGGCGAGGGAGGCCAAUCACGAGAGCCUCAACAUGAACAAACUCACCAUCAAGAGAUCCAGUGUUUUUAAAUGGAUGGCAGCAGUCGGCCUUGACCUUGGAGCAGAGUUACUGCCCUCUGUGGCCCACAUCAUGAUGCCACCGUUACAAAGGGAGACAAAUGACGCAUCAGGAAUCACAGACCUUGCCAUCAAGUCCCUGGCCCAGGAGGUACUCGACUUACUGAAGAAGGUCCUGGGGGUGGAACAGUUCACUGAAAUCUACGCCCGGGUACUGAGGAAACGUAUGGUUGUCAAGGAGACAAGGAAGCGACAGAAAGCGGUUGAGGCUGUUUCUAAUCCCGAGGUAGCUGCUAAAAGGAAGGUGAAAAAGAACUUAGCAAAACGAGAGGCAAAGAAACGGAAAGCUGAGGGAUUCCGAGUGUCAAAAAUCGUAAAAAAGAGAAAACGAGCGGAUGUUGUUAUUGAAUGAUGACAUGAUUUGUCUGUGAUACUGAAACGUAACUGGAGAGUUAAAAUCCGUGGAAAUGAUUCUGUGAUGGGAGACAUUGACCUAUUUUUGUCAUUGUUAAAAAAAAAAAAAGGGACCUAUCUUUGUCAUUGUUAAGGACUGACACAGAUUCUAUGACCUGUGGACUAUGGGAAAUAUCGUCCCAAAUUUUGUAAGCUAAAGGGUGAGGUGAGGAAUUGAUCAAGAUUCUGCAAUCAGAAGCUUAAUGCUUGAUCAAGAUUCAGUGAUCGGAAGGAUUGACAUAGAUUCUUUGUUCUAAAGGAUUGAUCUAGAUUCUGUGAUUGGACCCAAACUUAGGUUUUGUGCAAUGAAGAGACAAAUCAUAUUCUGAUGCGAGUUGACCUAGAUAUUGCUGGUCAAGCAGACUGGCUUUUGUGGUCCUUGGUUGAAUGUUUGACCAUAGCAAUUUAAGCAGCCUUAUCUGCAAUGUUUUGUUCAAGCCUUACACUACCCCUGCUGUUGACUGUCGGAAGUUAAUUCAAUAUUGUGCGAAAAUGGAUUUUCCAGUAUGCAGUAAGAAUCUUGAGCCAGGAAACUGUUAUGUACAGAUCAGGUUAAGGUUUAGGGGUAUUGUUAUUUAUCUCUUCAAUAAUUAUCAAACUUUAUUAUGCAUGAAUACUGGAUUUUAUUGUUAUUUCCAUUUGUUUCAUAAAACCACGGCAAUCCAGCAACCUUUGUUAUCAGUCGAAAUGGCUGGAUAAUCUGGACAAUUUUGUAUAGAAAAAGCCCAAUCUGUGUGUAAAGUACUGGCUAAGAUAGUUGUACAGUCAGAUUAUCAGUGGCUGUAGCAAUGAGUGUGUACAUAUGUAAAUAUAUAUAAAGGUAAAUAUACCUUAUUGUUCUGUUAAUAAAAUAAAGAGAGACUGAA